AUGCACAGCAUCAAUUACAGGGAGAGCAAUGGCAUUCGCAUAUCGAGUGGCAAAAACUAUGAGGCAGACUGCAAUGGAGAGAGGGGCUCCGAACUUCACUCGUGGCUUUGGCUCGGCUUGCAGGAGAACCCGGAGAAGGCGCCCGUGGUCCUGUGGCUGCAGGGAGGACCGGGCGGUUCCUCGCUGUUCGGACUGUUCGUGGAGCACGGACCGUACUGGGUGGCCAAGCGCGGCGUGCCCGAGCUUCGCGACACCACCUGGGCCCAGCGUUACUCGAUGCUCUACAUCGACAACCCGGUCGGCGCCGGCUUCAGCUUCACCCAGGACGACCGCGGCUACGCUCGCAACGAGGAAGACGUCGGCCGUAACCUCCACGAGGCCCUGCAGCAGUUCUUCACGCUCUUCCAUGAGUACGCGGCCAACGACUUCUACGCAACGGGAGAGUCGUACGCCGGCAAGUACGUGCCGGCCAUCGCGCACGCCAUCGACACAGCCUUAGCGCCCAGGGUCAAGAUCAACUUGCGCGGCAUCGCUAUUGGUGACGGAAUGGUCGAUCCAGAGACCAUGUACGACUACGCCGAUUUCUUGUACCAAAUUGGCCUAGUAGACAGGCGACAAUCCGAAUACAUUCGCGCGGAGACUGCCCGGGCCGUCGCUUACAUCAAACGAGGACGGUACAUAGAUGCGCUCCUCAUCUUUGACAAACUGAUUAUCGGUGCCACCAUCUCUCAACCAUCGUACUUUAAGAAUGUCACAGGCCUCGACUUCUUCUACAACUUCCUCCUUUCAAAAGAGCCGGAGGGCUUCGGCUGCUACCACGCUUUUGUCGACUCGCCCAUUGCCCGCAAGGCGAUUCACGUGGGUAACCUGACUUUUAACAAUGGAGAUGCCACUGACAGCCACCUUCGGGAGGACGUCAUGCAGUCCGUCAAGCCGUGGCUCGCGUCACUCAUGGACAAGCCGCAGUACAAGGUGCUCAUAUACAACGGUCAACUGGACAUUAUCAUCGCGUACCCACUGACGGACAACUUUGUGUGCAGCAUCCAAUGGUCGGGCAAGGAAGCUUUCGACAAGGCGGAACGUAAGAUUUGGAAGAGGCCGGACGGAAAUGGCGUCGCAGGAUACGUCCGGACAGUUGGAAAUUUCACGCAGGUCCUUGUUAGGGACGCCGGUCACAUCCUGCCCUAUGACCAGCCCGAGGUUGCGCUCGAUCUUAUCACACGAUUCAUCGACGGGAAGCCUUUCGACGCGUGAGAUCCUAACUUGCAUGAAGGACAGAUCGAGAAUUGUUUUAUU